AUGAAAAUCCAGUUUUUGCUCAUCACACUCCUCGCCACGGCUCUGGCAGAGGAGUACACCACGCUCACUUCGAAAUACUGCUACGCCGGCGGUCUUGUUUGCAAAACCACCGUCGACUACGGCUUUGUCACCACAGUCACAGCCAACCGCGCGACUGUGACCACGUACGUCCCGGUCAGCUACGUUCCAACGCUGGUCACCGUGGAUGGUAAGGAGACUUGGCAGCAGGUGAGCUACUCAACGUCUGUCAACGACUAUGGCCAAUCAACAGUCGUAGUCACCUAUUGCGACAUCUCCUCGCACCUGACUAGCAGAGUCACCUCCCUUGUGUCCUGCAACGUGCCAUACACACAGACCGAGGAUAUCACCCUCACGACGACCGGAGUGAACGGGCACGUGAGCACUGUCACGGGGGCCACCACCUACAUCACCUCGAGAGCCUGUCCAACCACAUUGGCGUGCGAGACUUGUAAGACGUCGUCGUCUUCUUCCUCUUCUUCGUCAAGCACACCCCCUGUUUCCAGCACCUCAACCUCUUCCGUUUCGACUUCCUCCACUUCCUCGCCAUCAUCGUCGUCUUCCUCAUCCACUCCGGUCUCCUACCCCUCUUCCACCUCUACUACAAGCUCAAGCUCGUCCUCCUUAUCCCUGUCAUCCACGUCGUGGACUCCGUCCACAACGUCUUCAUCCUCUUCCGUCUCAUCCUCCACAACCACCACUAGUUCCACGUCGUCUUCAUCCACGUCAUCAAGCACCAUCUCCAGCUCCACCAGUUUCUCCUCGUGGACGCCCACCAAGUCGAGCUCCACGAGCUCCAUCUCAAGCUCUAUCUCUUCCUCGUCCACCCUUCUCUCCACAUCCCGGUACAGCUGCAACCAACCGUAUGUUGCCACCGUCACCGUCACCGCUGGCGGAUCCAUCUCUGUGUCCAUGUACACCACGUCGUCCGCCUGCGUAACUACCACGGAGUCCAGCACCGUCACAACAUGCACAGACUGCAACAAAGACGUCUCCGUGAGCUCUCAAGCCACACCAGUCCAGUACAGCAGUACGUGGGUGACCAAAGUGUCUGCUUCCACGACGACCGCAACGGUUUGUACCGAGUGCAAGCUUAGCGACACGGUGGUGGAGACAACAGUGACAAACGAAACGACUACAGUCCAGCGAGACCACACAGCCGCCGCCGACGAGCUCGUCUCCUGCCACUUCCACAGCGACAGUCCCAGUCACCUCGAGCUCCUCGUUGGCAGAAACAAGCGAGACGGCAAGCUCGUCUGACAUUCUAGCAUCUCCAGAAUUACCCUCGGAAACGCCUACGUCAGUGUCGUCGUCUACACAGACUCCAGCACCGGCCACAAGCACAAGCUUUGAAACUGCUUCGUCUGGAGUCUACUCUACACCUCACACCAAGAUAUCGAUUACAGUGGUGAAGACUUGCACGGAGGAAAAGUGCCUGCCGCAAACGACGGGCAGCUCUGUGGCUCAGUCAGGGUCGACGCUUGCUUCAACGCUCCGCACGUCCAGCGCCGCUGUUUCUUCGAUCCAGCCGCUCUCGUUCUUCCAAGGCGCGGCAGCGUCUGUCUCGAUCUCGUAUUUCUCGUUCUUUUUGCUUCUCGUCCCAUUCAUAUAGUUAUACAGUGCAAAAUAAUCACUCACUUUCUAUCUCCAUCACCGCUUCGUCGUCAUCGCUCGAGUCCUCCCCUUGUUUCAAGUCCUCGGCGAUCAUGUCCAGGUCUCUCUUGUUGUCCUCGCCGAUGAAUUUGAGGUUUCUGCUGGGCUUGUUGAUCGGAGUCUGGAACGCAGAUCUCUGCGGCAGCGGCUCGUCCAGCAGCUGUUUGUUGUUGAUGUGCAAAUUGCUUUCGAGCGCCUUGUUGAGCAGAUCCAGCGCGAUCGGGUCGUUGGGUUGGAUCGACAGCGCCACGUGCAGCGUCUCGAUCGCCUUCGAAAUCUUGCCCAUCUUGAGAUAAAGUAGCCCGAUCGCAGAAUAUAUGUUAACAUCCUUUCGCGAAAUACGCAAAACCUUGUUGAAAUGGCUGAGCGAUUUAUCCAGCAUGUUGAGCCGUCUGUACACGUGACCCAGGUUGCAGUGGAUCGACGACCAUGCCUUGGCGUUUGAGUCCAGCGUACUGGCAGCGGUGAGUGCUUUUUGGAAGAAACUCUCGGCCUUGGCCAGCUGCACGCGCCGGUAGUGCAACACGCCAAGCUCGUUGAGCAGUAACGGGUCGUUUGGGCAGAUCGAGUACGCCGACAUGAGGUAUUCUUGCGACAGCGUAAGGUUGUUCAUCUGCAAAUAUUGCAUGCCCAGAAACAGGUUAGGAAGAUGGAUACCGGGGAACAGUCGCGACGCGGUGGCAUAGGCACUAAUCGCCUGUUCGUGCUCUCCCUCUGCAGCAAACGUGUGUGAAAAGCCGAUCCACGCAGGACCAAAGUUAGGGUUGAUCAUUGAGGCUUUAGAAAAAAAGACUCGGGCCUCGUUGGUCUUCUUGAUUGAAAAAUAGUAGAUACCAAUGGCCAGCCAUGUGAUAUGGUGAUUAGGGUAGUUUUCUGCCAGCUUGUGAGCCAUCAAGAACAGUCUGUUUUUCCCUCCAAGCUCAUGAAGACAGCUGAGAUAGUUAGGGAGCACAGAGAGGUUCAACUCGUCGUGUUUGAUGAUCUGCUCGCACAGGUCGAGACACUGCUGGAACUUGCACUGAAUGAAAAGCAGGUCAGCACGGCUUAGCAGAACGUCCAGAUUCUCGCCCAGACUGUACUCCUCCUUGAGCCGCUGCUCAGCCUCCUCGAAUGUGGCCACGUUCUUGUACUUGUUGAGUCGCGUCGUGUACAGCAACUUCACGAGCUCGUUGUUGUUGUCAGCAUCGUCGAAGUUCAGCUCGCUCAGCAGCUCCCACUCCUCGUCGGGCGACAUCAGGUGGUUGCUUAUGAGCUCGUUGAACGCCUCAAAACACUUCACAUCCACCAACACCGCCUCUUUGUAGCAUUCUUUGGCCCUAUCGAAAUUAUUCUGCUUGCUGUACGCGAGCCCGCGCAAAUAGCACAUCGACGCCUCUAGCUUCACGCCGCCGUCCGGAUUUUUCACCGAGUGGUCUGUCUUGAAUGGAUUGACCUCGCCAAUGACGUCCAGCGCCUCGUCGUACUUCUCGAGCUUGACCAGACACAGGCCCGCUAAGUAUCUGCAGCUCACCGACUCCUCAAAGUGUGGGCCUGACAGCAAAUUGCGCGCGAUCUGGUAGUUUCCAUUCGCAAAAUGCACCUGCGCGAGCCAGAAGGCGUCAUUUGGAUCGCCAGUCAACGACAGAACUUUGUCUCCGAUGUAAAUCGCUGUGUUGUAGUGGUGCUGCAUCAGCGCAUCGUGGCGCCACAGCCGCAGCUUGUCUGCCUGUGUGAGCGGCGUCUCCUCGUCGUCCUCCUUGCUAGUCAGCGUGCUGAGCUUGCUGUUGACUGACUUGGAC